CACACACGCGCGUACGCACGCACGCACAAGAGCAGAGAAAGCGUGGCUGCAGAUCAGAUUCUUUGUUAUUACACACUCUGUCACUGAUCUCCAUAGACCUCAAAUCACACGAGGGCUGAGAUGUCGCCGAUUCCCGCCAUCUGACAGGAGUAUCUCGUGUCGCACUGCUCGCUGUAUGAUCGUGAAGUGUGUGUUGUAUGUUUAUUUGGAUGCGCUGGUGUAAGAUCGUUUGCGGUGUAUGGUGCGUCUGCCAUCUGGACUCACACCGCUAGUUCGCUAGCAUCAGGCUAGCUGAAAAUUAUCGAAACAUAAGUGACCGAGGAGGAAUAAAAUCCCGUUUCCAUGGACAACACGUCCAUCAUUACCCAGGUAGCAAAUCCAAAGGAGGAAGAGAUACUUUCUUGUCAAGAAAAAGUCUCCCAGUCCAACAGCAGUUUAAAGAAACACAGGAACAGAAGUAUCUUUAGUCCCUUCUUCUGCUGUUUCCGGGACUAUAAUGCGGAACCACCAGCCACCAACAACAAGACCUGCUCCCUCCCUCCACCUGCCGAGGAGAACAGCAGCCCUCCAAAGUGUGAUCAGGUCCAGGUCAUCCCAAUUCCCAGUCCUCCAGCCAAAUACCUCUUGCCUGAGGUCAGCAUUAAUGAUUACGGCAAGAACUGUGUGGUCAUUGACCUGGAUGAGACCCUUGUGCACAGCUCCUUCAAGCCCAUCAGCAACGCAGACUUUAUAGUCCCUGUGGAGAUUGACGGAACAGUUCAUCAGGUCUACGUACUGAAGAGGCCUCACGUGGAUGAGUUUCUGCAGAAAAUGGGCGAACUGUUUGAAUGUGUUCUUUUUACAGCCAGCCUGGCUAAGUAUGCUGACCCUGUAGCAGACCUGUUGGACCGGUGGGGUGUGUUCAGGGCACGGCUCUUCAGGGAAUCCUGUGUGUUCCACCGGGGGAACUACGUCAAAGACCUCAGCCGACUGGGCCGAGAGCUCAACAAAGUCAUCAUAGUGGACAACUCACCUGCCUCCUACAUCUUUCAUCCAGAAAACGCUGUGCCGGUGCAGUCGUGGUUUGAUGACAUGACAGACACCGAGCUGCUGGAUUUACUGCCACUGUUUGAAGGCCUGAGCAAAGAGAUGGACGUUUUCAGUGUGUUACAGAGCCUGAGGGCCAGGUAGCAUACUGGUCCAGCACUGCCUUCCAAACACAAACACCCCCUCCAGCCAUCUCAGGCCGAGCCACCGUUUGGCCCUGGCCUCUAGAGGACACCACUCACCCAACGAACGCCACUCCAUCUCCCUCAGUGGACCAACGGCCAACAUAAUUCCUUGGCAAGCAAAUAUAUACACUUAGUUUAUUUCAACUUUUGAUGCAGAAUGAAGAAAAAAAGCAUUGUUUUUUAAGAGAAACACAAGAGUUUACUAUCCUUGAGUAUAUUUACCAGGAAAAAGAACAAGACGUACUAUUUUUGUGGACUGGUGUGAAAACACUUUGAACUUUUUUUUUUUCUGUUCAGGCUAUGCAGGCAGUCUUUUCCGUGGCGUCAUCUGUAGUUCCAACAACUGUGAUUUACUUUUUCUCGUUCUCUCGUACCAAGUGCCUUCUGACUUGUUUUUAUGGGGACACAAAUGAGUUUUUGUAUGCUGCAUAUUUACAAUUCGAAACCUUUAAGCAAACACUUACUGUAAGAGCGAACGUUUGAGUCUUUUAACAUUCAUGAAGAGUUUUCAGUGACGGUCAGAAGUCUUCAUUGGACUGAAUGAUAUUAUCGGGCAAAAGAUGCCGUUAUUUUCUUGGGUUCUUGUAUGCCUUUGAAAAUAUAGCAUAUAAGCAUUGUGUUCAAAAGAAACGUUUGCAUCUAUUACCCAACUGUGAUUUGAAUUGAUAAUACAAUAUAAUGUGAAAGUUAAUAAACAAUCCAAUACGUCAGGAUCUGAAAUUAAUAAUCAUCAUAAUUAAAAUAAAAGAUGCAAUCAAUAU